CCCCGUCGCCCUCUCUCUCUCUCUCUCUCUCUCUCUCUCUCUCUCUCUCUCUCUCUUUCCCCUUAGAAGUUGACUUGUACUUCUAUUAAUACACCUUAUAAUUCCCCAUGGUUUGAUUGAAUACCAACACCCCCCUUCUCCUCUCCUUCUCUCUCUCUCUCUCUAGUUUCUAUCUUAAGAAUAGCUUCAUGAGCUUCUUGAGCAUGGUGGAGGCUCAACUGCCUCCAGGGUUCAGGUUCCACCCAAGGGAUGAUGAGCUGAUAUGCGACUACCUUGCGGCGAAGGUCACCGGAGACCGCAGCGGUGGCGGCUUCUGGGGUAGCCCGAUGAUGGUCGAUGUCGAUCUCAACAAGUGUGAACCAUGGGAUCUCCCUGAAAUGGCUUGUGUUGGGGGGAAGGAGUGGUAUUUCUUCAGUCUCCGAGACCGCAAGUAUGCGACCGGGCAGCGAACGAACCGAGCAACCUUGUCGGGCUACUGGAAGGCCACCGGAAAAGAUAGGCUAGUAGCUCGAAAGGGAAUGCUUGUUGGGAUGAGGAAGACCCUUGUUUUCUAUCAAGGGAGAGCUCCCAAGGGAAAGAAGACCGACUGGGUCAUGCAUGAGUACCGCAUGGAAGGACCUGGGGAUCCGUCCAAGUUAUCCUUCAAGGAAGAUUGGGUCCUAUGUAGAGUGUUCUACAAGCACAGGGGACUCUCCACCAAGCCAAGCAUGGAAACAAGCUAUGAUGACACAGGAUCUUCCUCACUCCCAUCUCUCAUGGACACCUACAUCAUCUUUGACAAAAUCCCACGAAACUUUGAGGGGUUUGAGCAGGUGCCCUGCUUCUCCAGCUUUCCUCCAAGCCACACAUCCCUGCCCCCAAACCCCUUGGCCCCACACCUGCCCCCAGCGGAAAGAAGCCUGCCCUCAACCAAAGGCUUGGCCCAGUUGGGGGGCUUGCCUGACUUGAGCUCUUAUCUGAACCCACUCUCCUGUGAUAGAAAUGUCAUAAAGGCAGUCCUAAACCAGCUCACCAAGCUGGAGGGCAAUUCAAAGGGGGAGGUACCACAAACUUUGGCCGAAGGGAGUUUGGGGGGUUGCUUCUCUGAGAUGGGUCUACCCUCAUCUUGGAACCCCUUCUGAAUUCUAGGAAAGAUUGGUGACGCUUGGGAGGUGAAGGUAUCUUCUAUUUAUAGUGAGUUACCUACCAAAGUUGUAUCAUAUUGUCUAUCUACACAUAUAAGGUGGGAGAUUGCUGAUCUUUUUCUUUGUCAUUGUCCAAGAACUUGUUUCCUAUAAUGGAGAGUUGUUCUUAACUUUUUUCUGAGUGAAUGCACCUUAUGGGCAUGUUGAAAAGUUCGACGAAUGCGACAAAAAAAGGGUGUAAGAUUGAUGAUUGUUGAUGACAAAAGUCUCUGGAUUUUGAUUCAA